AUGGGUCUAUCUUCUAUCUUCGGUGGCGGAGCACCAUCUCAACAAAAGGACGCAGCUUCAAGUGCUAAGACUUCAUCAAACCCAAUAGCCAUUGAACUAAAGAACCAGAUCGCUCAAGAGCUGGCUGUGGCCAAUGCCACUGAACUGGUGAACAAAAUCUCUGAAAACUGCUUUGAAAAAUGUUUAACCUCUCCAUACACUUCUAGAAAUGACCCAUGCAUUGACCAGUGCUUAGCCAAAUAUAUGAGAAGUUGGAACGUCAUAUCGAAAGCUUAUAUUUCUAGAAUUCAAAACGCCUCUGCUUCUGGUGAAAUCUAG